AUGCGAAAUCAAGCCGUACUUUAUAUUGUAUAUGAAUUGUUUGGUUAUUAUACUCAGUACUGUGUGGUGGUUGAUAAAGAUAAAGGUGCUUUGCAUCAAUCGCAAACAUAUGGAACAGAAGAGAAAAUACUCCUAAAGAGACUUGCGCACGGCCCAUACCUACAUAAUUCAGCAUAUUUCUUACUAAAAAAAUCAAUUGACAUGUUCUUGUCUUUGGGUUGGACAGCAAGCUAUUUUAGAGAUAAUGUGUGGUCAGUUUUACACAGCCCCUUUUCAAACUCAAAGUUACGCAAACAUUACAAAAAAGUGCUGAAUAUAAUCAAGUCCGUAAAUUAUCAGCUUGGCGAAAAGUAA